AUGAUCUCACGAUCCCGGUGCAAAAGGGGCGGACAGUUGUGGCGGUUGCUGGCCCGAGCUGAGCAGCUCAAACUCGAGCUUUGCUUAGAGAAGGUGGACCUCCACUUGAGUUUCGAUCCGGAGUCCAAGUCCGAGGGGGCUGGUGAAGUGAACCUGUUGCAGCUUGUUCCGUGGAAGCCGCCUUCCGAAGUCGAAGAGACCCCGCCGGUUGCCCCACCACAGGUUGUCCCACCACUUCCCCCACCACUGCCCCCGCCAGUCAGCCCGCCACGGACCGUGCCUUUUCGUCGUGAUUUGUUGUUUCGUCUCCCCCCCGUCGUCCAGAAGAUCCUCGGUCGUUCCGGGCAGCAGGGUGCAAAGGCAGAGUUGCAGAAGUCCAAGAAGGGCAAGAAAGGCAAGAAGCCCCUUGUCAAGAAGGCCAUCGCGAAGCCAGUGGCCCCUCCAAAGCCGAAGACCAUAAAGGACCCUGCGGCUUCCAAGGGCAAGAAGAAGGAUGAGAAGGCCUCCGUUCCCAAGCCCAAGGUGUCGCCCACAAUCGCCGAUUGCGAGUUGAUCGCGAAUGCCAUGGUGUAUGCCCCGGCAGCAGCCGAGAAGACGAAACCCAAGCCCAAGAAGUCGGCUAAGAAGCCGGCGACUUCGACAAGCNNGAUCGUAGUCCCGAAGCAGAACCCGAAGAAGCUCCAGAAGUCGGCUCAGAAGCCGGCGACUUCGACAAGCCCUGCAGAGAAGAAGAUCGUAGUCCCGAAGAAGAACCCGAAGAAGCCCAAGAAGUCGGCUCAGAAGCCGGCGACUUCGACAAGCAUCCCUGCAGAGGAGAAGAUCGUAGUCCCGAAGCAGGACCCGAAGGAGCCGAAGAAGAAGAACAUGAUCUUCGAGGCUUUGGAGUGGGGCACGUGCAGGCUCGAGUGCUAUGCCGAGAAAAGCUACAUCAGGCACAAGGAUUCGGACCUGAAGUGGAGGUCGGUUGUGAGUUGCUGUGCCCGUGGCUUGCACCAGCAGAUCAUCAAGGACAUGGUGGAGCAGGUCAAGAAGGGCUUGUCUUCAGGCGAACUGUUCCAGAUCCGCGACGACCUGCUGGCAAAGCUCCAGGCUAGCUCAUGA